GUCCCACAAGUCAAACCAUGCGAGAGAUUGUCAACAUUCAAGUUGGCCAGUGUGGCAAUCAGAUUGGAACCAAGUUCUGGGGCGAGAUCAUUGACGAGCAUGGCAUUGACCCGGCUGGGUACUACAUGGGGGAUUCAUCUGUGCAGCUAGAAAGAGUCAAUGUUUACUUCAGCGAGACCUCCGCCAACAAGUUUGUCCCCAGAUCCAUCAUGGUGGACUUGGAGCCGGGUACCAUGGACAGUGUCCGCUCUGGCCACCUUGGCAACCUUUUCAGUCCCGACAACUACAUUUUUGGUCAGAAUGGAGCCGGCAACAACUGGGCCAAAGGCCACUACACGGAGGGCAGCGAGCUGAUCGACGAGAUCCUGGACACGGUGCGGCGGGAGAGCGAGGCCUGCGACUGGCUGCAGGGCUUCCAGCUGCUGCACUCGCUGGGCGGGGGCACGGGCUCGGGCCUGGGCAGCCUGCUCCUGGCCAAGGUGCGGGAGGAGUUCCCCGACCGCAUGACGAGCACCUUCAGCGUGCUGCCCUCGCCCAAGGUGUCCGACACGGUGGUGGAGCCCUACAACGCCACGCUGUCCGUCCACCAGCUGCUGGAGCACGCCGACGCCUCCUUCUGCUUCGACAACGAGGCGCUGUACGACAUCUGCUUCCGCACGCUCGCGCUGCCCUCCCCGACCUACGGCGACCUCAACCACCUGGUCUCGGCCACCAUGAGCGGCGUGACCACCUGCCUGCGCUUCCCGGGGCAGCUCAACGCCGACCUGCGCAAGCUGGCGGUCAACAUGGUGCCCUUCCCGCGGCUGCACUUCUUCGUGCCGGGCUUCGCGCCGCUGGCGGCGAGGGGCAGCGCCCGGUACCGCGCCCUGACCGUGUCCGAGCUGACCGGCGAGAUGUUCGGCGCCGGGAACGCGAUGGCGGCCUGCGACCCGGGCCGCGGCCGCUACCUGACCGUGGCGGCCAUGUUCCGCGGCCGCUUGUCCAUGAGGGAGGUGGACGAGCAGAUGCUGAGCAUGCAGCGCAAGCACAGCGGCCGCUUCGUGGACUGGCUGCCCAGCAACGUGACGGUGUCGGCCUGCGACGUGCCGCCGCGGGGCCUCGAGAUGGCGUCCACCUUCGUGGGCAACAGCACGGCCAUCCAGGAGAUCUUCAGGCGCCUGGCGGCCCAGCACGCCGCCAUGUUCCGGAGCAAGGCCUUCCUCCACUGGUACACCGGCGAGGGCAUGGACGAGAUGGAGUUCACCGAGGCGGAGAGCAACGUCAGCGACCUGGUGGCGGAGUACCAGGUGUGCCAGGACGCCUCUGCGCUUGAGGACGGUGAGCUGUUUGAGGAGGAGGAGGAAGAGCCAGACAUGUAG